GAGGAAUCAAAGAUGAACUUGGAGCAGGAGAGGCCUUUUGUCUGCAGUGCCCCAGGCUGCUCACAGCGUUUUCCAACAGAGGAUCAUCUGAUGAUUCACAGGCACAAACAUGAAAUGACUUUGAAGUUCCCUUCAAUAAAAACAGAUAAUAUGUUAUCAGAUCAGACUCCUACACCAACACGCUUUCUGAAGAACUGUGAAGAAGUGGGCCUCUUCAACGACAUCGAUUGCUCCCUAGAGCACGAAUUUAGGAAGGCACAAGAAGAAGAGAACAACAAAAGAAAUAUCUCCAUGCAUAACACAGUUGGAGGAGCAAUGGCAGGACCUGGAUCUCACCAGCUGACAAAUACAAGGAUGCCAAACCACGACACCAGCGUUGUGAUUCAACAAGCCAUGCCAUCUCCACAGUCCAGUUCGGUCAUUACACAAGCACCUUCCACAAAUCGACAGAUUGGGCCUGUCCCAGGUUCUCUGUCCUCACUACUGCAUCUACACAACCGACAAAGACAGCCUAUGCCUGCCUCUAUGCCUGGCACCCUGCCCAACCCUACCAUGCCUGGAUCUUCUGCUGUACUCAUGCCUAUGGAGCGACAAAUGUCAAUGAACUCUAACAUCAUGGGGAUGCAGGGACCGAACCUCAAUAACCCGUGUGCUUCACCUCAAGUCCCCCCAAUGCAUUCAGAAGCCAAAAUGAGACUGAAGGCAGCGCUGACCCAUCAUCCUGCCGCCAUGUCGAACGGGAAUAUGAACACCAUGGGCCACAUGAUGGAAAUGAUGAGCUCGCGGCAGGACCAGACGCCACACCAUCAUAUGCACUCACAUCCUCAUCAGCACCAGACACUGCCCCCUCAUCACUCGUACCCACAUCAGCACCAGCAUCCGGCGCACCAUCCUCAUCCUCAGCCUCAUCACCAGCAGAACCAUCCCCACCACCACUCUCACUCGCACCUUCACGCACACCCGGCACAUCACCAGACCUCGCCGCACCCCCCGCUGCACUCAGGCGGACAAGCACAGGUUUCGCCAGCAGCGCAGCAGAUGCAGCCCACGCAGACGAUACAGCCGCCACAGCCGACCGGAGGUCGCCGGAGGAGGGUGGUGGAUGAAGACCCGGAUGAGAGGAGGCGGAAAUUUCUGGAAAGGAACCGAGCCGCCGCCACGCGCUGCAGACAGAAGAGGAAGGUCUGGGUGAUGUCACUGGAAAAGAAAGCAGAAGAGCUCACCCAGACAAACAUGCAACUUCAGAAUGAGGUUUCCAUGCUGAAAAAUGAGGUAGCACAGCUGAAACAGUUAUUGUUAACACAUAAAGACUGUCCGAUAACAGCUAUGCAGAAAGAAUCACAAGGAUAUCUAAGUCCCGAGAGCAGUCCUCCCGCGAGCCCGGUCCCAGCUUGCUCCCAGCAGCAAGUCAUCCAGCACAACACCAUCACGACCUCCUCCUCUGUCAGUGACGUCGUGGGAAGCUCCACUCUCACCCAGCUCGCCAGCCACAGAACAGAUAUCAACCCCAUCCUUUAAAAGUGGUUGAUCAGAAACUGCUAGGGGAGUGUGGUAGCGUAUCAAAGCGUCCUCUGUGCUAAGGACAUUUGCAACCGUAACUCAAGCCUGGAAGAUUCCUCAGUUCUUGAAAGACUCUGGCUUUCAUUUUUAUAGUUAUUAAAAAGUCUUUUAUACUUAGUUACAUAAAAGGGAGUUAUGCAAUUAAUAUGCUAUCAGCUUGAGAAAUGCUUUGGUGCUUUCUCCAGUUUUUUUGGUACCAGUUACUUGUUUAUAAACCUAACUGUUCCUGUACAUAGUCAUGUUUCCUUCUCACCAAUCUAGCCUGAAGCCUCAGAAAUACAGAGUUGUGUUAAAUCGCAGCCGUUAGCCGAUGUGAGGCAUGAAAAGUAUUAGAGAGUCGUACGUAGUUAACUAGGAGUAAUUAGGCUACAAAUAUAGAGAGAGAGGGCAUCUGCUGACAGCAUAAUAAAAACAAGCGAGCGUUGUGCUCUCAGCAGACCCAUCUUGCAUUCAGAACCUCUUUCAAAGUGGUUUUAUGGGAUGUGGCCGUCAGGACAAAAUCAAGCCCAAAUAACGUACUCUUUUAUCUAGCCCUUCCUCUUCUCCUCUCUCCCCUGCCCUGGCCUUUUUCUCCUCCAGUUAUUCUUACACCUUCCUCUUCCCUUCCCAAACCCUUUUCACCCCCCGCCUUUUUUUCCUGCUUUUUUUCAUUCCAAGGCUUUCUGACUUCCCUCUCUUUGUCAAAGAACGGUGAUGAACAAGCAAAAACUUCAAGCCCACCUGAAAACUGUCAGCACGGCUGCUACUUUCACUAGCUCUUCACCCGCGGCUGCGCUGUGCCAAGCAUUUGGCUUUUAAAAAGUAGAAAUGCUCCUGAUUUAGUGUUUUUAAUAAACAGCAAAAGGUGAAAGCAGUGCAGCCCCAGGUGAAGCAGGAUUGCGAGCCAGCUGUGUUGGUGCUAGCAGCCCUGUAAGCUUCUGUGGUGAGGUACAUCUGAGAAUCACAGCAAUUCUUUUGCACUGCUGGUCAUUAACAUAGAAAAAUCCAUGUACUAUAUAAUAAUUUGGAAAAGUUCUGUUCCCUAACCCGGUUGCGUUGUUCUAGCAGCGAAAGCUAACAGCUUCAGGUUUCACAGGCUAUAAAUGAGGAAUAAAUCAGCAAAACGGUUCUGACCAGUUGAAGAAAUGCCAUUUUUAAUUCCCAGGGAAAGACCUGCUCUCUGCUGGCGUUCCUUUAAGCAUCCACAGACCGAUCCCAAGCUGGCAGACAGCAGCGUAGCUUCACUGACUUUAAUGGCACUUAACGCCUGUUUACCGCAGGCGAGGAGUUGUCUCAUUAGGACGCUAAAUAAUUUUUAGAAGGCAUGCAGCCAUUAAAAAGCACUGCAAGAAUGGCAAAUCCCACUGCACUCCGGAUAAAAUUCAGUCCUGCAAAGAGGGUCUGGAAAAGAGCCUUAUGCCACAAUUAAGGUUUUUGUUUGGACUCUGGGCCUGCCCCUCAGCGGGACUGAUUUGCAUCCCCGAGUGGUACCAGUGAUUGAUGGGAAAAUCAGACAGAGAUGAUGCCAGUUAAUUAUGCUGCCUUGCUGUAUAUUGGGACCUGAUUUUGCUCUCAAAUCUGUCAGCGGCAAAAACCUCCCACUGCUUACCCAGGAAGCGGGCUCCAAGCCGGUGAUAAAUGUUCAAACAUUUUGAGCUGCAUCCCUAAUAGCAAAAGCUAAUUCACAUUAUUCCCAGCAAAUCCUCUAGCCCUGGACAUGCUUUGUUCUGAAGCAAAGUUCUCCUCCUCAAAGACGCUGUCUUUGGUUUUUAAAGGAGUCGUGGAUUUUAAAAGGGUGGCUCUUCUCCGUGCAGGAAGGAGAGUGAAACAACUGAAGCGUGAGGCGUAGGGCCUGCCUGGAAAGGAAAGCAAAGUUCUGAGAAUCAUGCAUUUCCAAAUUAGUUCUUAUCUUGGUAACUAACUUUUUAUCAGUAUUCUUUUCUUUAACAUCGUGCUUUCCAUUUAUGCAAAUACAUUCAGAAGAAGAAGAUUUUUAAUGUACAGUGUAAAUCUUGACUUGAUUAUAUAGUCUAAGAACCAAAAAAAAAACCAUGAAAAAAUACAAAUGUAAAGGAUUUUCUAUUAUAUUUUAGACAAACAUAUACUUUUAAAGUGUUUUAAAUACUGAAUCUAUAAUUUUUUUUAAACCUCCAGUUGUAAUAGCUAAAUGGUUUUGCUUCAUCACGGCUCCCAAGGGAACUCUUUUCAAAUAUGCAGUCAAGCAAAAUGUUCCAGCUGAGUAUCCACUAUGUAAAAAAAAAAAAAACAAAUAAGCAUUUCCCCUGUGUCUGAAUUUCAUCAUUCACUAUGAAAAAGAAAAUGCCAUCGCAGGUUUAUUUAAAAAACUUUCCCUCUAUAUAGGUAGCACUUAAAUACAUUACAAAAUAAAAAUCAAAGCUGUUGGUAAUAUUAGAAUACCCAGUUGAACUACACUGCACUAGAAUUACGGUUUAGCUUCAUUUUAUUCAGUCUCCUCAAUUAAAAUAUUUAGCUGUUAAACUGAAAGCUUCUACAUUAAAAAGAAAAAAAAAAAAAAAAAAAAGGAAAAAUGCAAAAACCUUGCCUAAGUUUUGUUAAAUUCAGCAGCUUGACAGUUUGACUGAUGUGUAUUAUAUAUAGCUCAAUUAUUUCUUUUUUUAAUGCUAACUAGGCAAGCCAACCACACAUGUUGGCCUAAAUGUGUAAUUACAAUGAAAUGUCUCCUCUCUAUACUGUUGGCCUUUAGGUAUAAUCCUUGCUAGUGAUGUGGAAAUAAGUAAAGGAUGAAAAGCUAUUUGCUAUUGCUUCUUGUAACUCUGUCGCAGGUUCACAGGCCAAGACAACACGCAGCAUAUUUAUAUCGGCUAUAUCAUCGGUAAAAGGACCAACUGUACCAGGCACCUUAUACUAUUCAUCAGAUUCACUUCCACAUUAAAACGCUCUUGUUUUCCAGGGGAGUGAUCCUGCAGCCUUUCCUCAAGCUGCCGGUCUGGCCAGGCACCGGAGGCUGCCUGAGCAAGGGCUGUGGGAGCAGCCCCUGCCCCUCUGUCCCCAGGCUGUCCCCCUGUUGAGCGGUCAGUGGCUGUGGCCUCUUCCUAAGCAUGUCACUCGAAAUGAACUUCCCGGGCUCCUUCCAUUGAGGAGAAAUCCUGCUUUUCCAUGAGCUACUGCUGGAGAUGCUCCACUUGCCUCCUGCGCUGCCAAGCCAGCCCGUCGGGCUCAUCGGGCUCCGUGCCCCAUCCCGCUGCCAGCGGGUGACUCGGACCCUUCCCUUGCCCGCUCUGCCGGGCACCAGCGGGGCAGCGAGCCUCAGCCGGUACCUUGCUCGAAGGAGGUGUUUCGGUGGACAGCAUCUCUCAUUGCGCAACAUCAGAAGCACAUUGGAAAUCUCAGCCACAGACAACUGCAAUACUUUGAUCCAAAAGAAAUGAUGCUGUGAUGCGGUGCGCUCGCCCCCAGCCCCCCUUGCCCGAGGCAAUUUAUGCAAGCCAUAUUCAUAACGCUGCCUGUGGGAGACAAGUAGUUUGUGUGCUAUCAUGGUGUGUUUUAUAAAGACGACGAUGACGAUGAUGAUGAUGAUGAUUUAUGGAGAAUUUCACGCUGUUGGGAGUUAAUUCCUGCUACGAAGCUAAAUGUCUGCUGCCCAUCUUCUGAAUAGUGGAAAGUCAAUGGUUCAGUGCCUCAGUGCGUGUGGAUUUAGUGUGUUAACUGACUCUGUCCUGUUAACUAACAAGCCAGCUAUAACUGUUGUUAAAUGCCCAACUUUUGAGGAUUCAUAUUUUUUUAAGCAACAAUAUUUAGUGUUGAAAACUAGUCUUUUAGUUUAGGCAAAAUGUGCUUUUUAGCAGCUAAUACCUUUUUUAAAAAAAAAGCGUAUAGAGUGAAUUUAUGAAAAUUCAUGAGGACCAAAGCAAUUUUAAAACAGGAAUCUAUUAAUUUAGUAUUCACAUAGAAUUUUAUAAAGUAUUUAUUAAUAAAUGUUAUUUUAACACAUUCCAUUUGAACAGUAUUCUUGUACAGAAUCUGUUUGUUUGUUUUUUUUAAGUUACAAUAUUAGUUUUGCAAUAAACUACUCUAGGUGUGUGUGCAUCUUAAUCUUUCAGGGUCUCAAGCAGAAGCCAUCCAUCUAAGAUGGAAAAGCUUGCUGAGGUCAGUUGUACAGAAAUUCCUAGAAUUAAAUGUUUUCCUUAAAGCAGCAUCUGCUUUUUUCUUUUUUUUUUUCUUUCUUCUUUU